AUGCUUCGUUUGGCAUUUAAGCAAUAAAAGCGUUAAUCUUUCUUGUAAAAAAUGAAAAUCUGCGAAUUGUUGCUAGAGCGCGGUCUCAAAUUCUUUGAAUUAGAACAAUUUGGAAAUGCAAUAGAUUAAUUUGAGAUUUGCAUGUCCGUUUUUGCUGAUGCUAGAAUUCCAAAGAAAUGGGAGGAUACGACCUAUGAAGAGUUAUCUCAAUAAAAACACCCUGAGCAAUCUCAAAUUGACAGACUUCGUCUCAAAUUGUUUGAAAAAAUGGCAGAGUGCUAUUACAGGCAACACGAGCAAGGUGCAUGUACCCGGAUGUGUGAUUAUUGGUUGUAAAUGAGUCCCCAAAACAUAAAUGCUAUGAUUUUACGUGCAAAGUCCCGUUUUUUGUCUGACAAUAUCACCCAAAUAGAUUGUCAAAUGGCAUUUAAGGACCUGAAAUUUGCACAGCAACUCGACCCUCACAAUGCAGCAGUGGCAAAGUUUUAUGAGAAGGUGAAGGCAUAAUUAUUAGCCUAUAAAGAGUUGGAAUAUAAGAACUACACAGAUUUGUAAAGAAAACAGCUGGAGUUGAUCCAUCAGUACAGGAAGCAAGAAGACGAUGAGGAUGCUCAAUAGGAUUUCAUGGCUCAUUUGGCUUAUCAGGAUUACGAUCAGGAAUUGAGUUACGAAUUGGAUAACAAGAAGCCUAUUCCAAUAGAAGUAUCAGAGUUAGGAAGAUUCAUAGAGACGAGAGGGAUGGAGAUGGUGAAGAUAUAUCAGUAGAAUGGAUAAUUGAAGGAGGCUGAGGACUUAAGGGAGAAGUUAAAGAAAGCAAUAGCAGCGAAGAAGUAAUUGGAAAAGAUAUCCUAAUUGGAUUUCAACAGGCCUAAGAAAAAAUUGUAUGAGUUUGCUUAGAAGUACGGCAUAAACUUAUUGGACCCGCAAGUGCAGAAUGAGUUUAAGAGAAUUCAGGAGUAGAAUUUGGAGGACAUUAGAUAAUGGUUGAAGCAAAAUUAAUGGAGUUAUACUGAUAAGGCAACUUAGAUGCAAGAAUAGGAAUUGGCGAGACAAGAAUUGGCCAAAUUGUAAUUCAAGAGGAAGACCAUCCCUUAGAAGCACAACAAGAAUAAGUUCAAUAAGAAGGUAUAGCCGUUGAUUAGCACACCAACUAGUGGUUCGAUGCCAGUGACUAUUAAUAAUAACAUCACUUACAAUCAGACUUUUAAUUAGUGCAAUAAUGUCAUUAAUAAUUCAAGUAUGAUAGGAUCAUUAUUGUUUGUAGCGAAUGAAUAAAGUGAUGAACAAUUAGCAGAUUGCAAUUGCUUUAUUAAUUUAACCAUACUACUCUUAGCCGUAUUUGCCAUAUUGGCAGCCAUUUAUUAUUCAUUCCUUAAAUGA